CAGCCUUCGGAAUUCUGUGUCGUAGUCGUUCAGCACAUCUCUGUCUGUUUCCUGUACUCCUCUGUGAACAAGAUGCUGUCGCUGUGUUCAAGUAACUGUUGCGGUUUGCAGCUGGCAUUAACAGCAACUGUUUUCAUCUUGUUUGGAAUUUCUGCAUGCUGCUCAAAGAAAUGUGGUUUUCAGAUGACAGAGCAAAUGGCGUACAGGUCUUUCACCAUCAGGAACAUCGGCAUUACGUUGUGCCAAGUAAGAUGUGUUGAAAAUUGCUUCAGUUCGAAUUUCGAAUACGUUAAUGAAACGUCAGACUGUCCGAGUUAUGACGCAAAGAAGCUUGAGAAGACGAGCAGAUUGAGUGUUCAUCCUAAGAAUCAUCCAAAUGUCCCGGUUCAACCCUGUUCAUCUAAGGUCUGCAAUCCACCUUCCCGAUGUUCGGAGACUGGAUCUGGAAAAGCUGUCUGUGAACAAGCUUCGAACGACCCGAGUCACGGAGAAAGGGCUGCACAGACGACGACAGUGACGACCCAUGCCUCGAGCGACCCGAGUCAGACAGCGAGUACACCAGUGACGACCACAAAAAAGCCUGCUACACAGGCGACUCCAUCACCAGCAGACUGCGAGCACCUCUGUGACGCCAGCAAGGCCGGGAACCUGGAGGAGGUGAAGCGGCUCGUGUCUCAGGGCGUGGACGUCAACUGUAGGUGGGGAGGGUGGAGCAUGACACUGGUGAUGUGGGCAGCAUACGGGGGACACAGAGACGUGGUGGAGCUCCUGGUGAGUGAAGGGGCCGAUGUGUCACUGGUGACCGGGCACAGUUACAACACCCUUCACUACGCCUGUUGGGGAGGUCACUUGGAGACGGUGAAGUUUGUGCUGUCUCUGCACGUGGUGGACAUCGACGCCAGGAACAACAGGGGGUUGACGGCGGCCGACCUGGCGAGACGCAGGGGACAUACGCGAGUGUUGGAUCUCCUCGUGUCCCGCGGCGCUCAGUGACGUCAGUGUCGUGUUUGUGUGGACGAUGGGGGGAGACCUGACAGUGACGUGGUGUGCCGUUCACGUCGUCGUGUGUACAUAUGUCUUUAUUAACGUUAAACUGUUUGUUGUUUUUGGAGAUGAAUAAAACUUGUAAAAACUU